AUGUCAAAUUUAUUAGAUGAUGAUGAAAUUAUUCUACAAUCACCAGAUUCAAUUAUAACUUCAUCAAUUGGUUACAGCCCCAGAAGUCUUUCGACAAAUGUUGAUAUUUCAGGUACAUCAUUAAAUUAUAGCGUUGGUGGUGAUAAAUCAUCAUUUCCACCCACAUCACCACAAUUAACAAAUACAAUUGAAUCACCAACACUCACCACAUCAUCUACGGUAUCAAAUAUAACCAAUACAAUUGAACCACCUACUUUGUUAACAACUACCACAACAUCACCAACUAUAACAACUACACUCUCCUCUUCAAAUCCUGGUACACCUAAAAAAAUCAGAGAUAUACCUCCACCACCACCAUUACCGACAGUGGUUACACCUUCACCUUAUUCGAAUGACCCAACAAAAAUCUCAACUUCUUCAAAAAAUGAUAAAGAUAAUAUAAAUAAUACUUUUGUAACAUUAAUUACUGAAGAAAACCAGUUAAGUAGCGAGGAAAAAGAAAUUUUUAAAAAUCAAAAAAACACAUUAAUUUCUGCUUUACCAGAAGUACCAACAUUAAUAUCACCCUCCCCAACACUUGGAAGAAACGCUUAUAGAAACUCUGGAACAUGGAAUAAACCACCACUUUCACCACAAAAUAUUUCACCAUCAGGUUCUUUAAACAAUAGCUCAAAUAAUAUUCAUAAUGGAUCAAUUUCACCAGUUGGAUCUGCAUCGGCAAAUACAUUACAAAUUUUAUCGCAAUUAAACCAAAGCCGUAGUUUACCAACUUCUCCACACUAUAUAACAUCUCCAACUAUGCCAGCUUUAAAUAAACAAAACACAGCUUCAAUUUUUGGCAGUUAUAAAGCACAACAACAACAACAGCAACCACAAGUAUUAUACCAAACCGGUUCACCUCUUUCAAGCGGUAUAACUUCACCACUCCAACAAUCACCCAAUAGUCAAUCACCAGUUACCUAUCAAAGAAAUCAUAGUCAAUCAUUAAUUACACCACUAAAUUUAAAUUCAGAUUCUACAAUGGGUCCCAGCAGUGGUUCAAACUCACCAUCUAUUUCAAAAAAAGAAAAGAAACAACAACAACAACAACAGCAACAGCCACAAGUUUCAUUUAAUCCUGGUGCUACUACUAGAUCACCAAAUUUAAUGUCAAGUACACAAAGAUCAUCAGGUGUUAUGGGAUUUUUAGGUAAAAUGAGUCUUAGCAAAGAAAGAAUGAGUAAACUAGUUACUCAAACUAAAGAAACUUAUAAAACUCCAGGCAACAGUAAUCCUACAUCACCAACUAGCACUUUGGUACCAUUUGAGGGUAUUUUCGGUAUUCCACUUCGUGUAAUAUUACGUUACCCAAAUGAAUCUGGAAACCAAAUCCCAUCAAUUCUUAAUAAUAUUUUUUCAAUUCUUGAAUCAAGUUCUGCCCUUUCAACCAAUAAAUUGUUUUAUGGCGCCAAUGGUGACUUUAGUCCCUCAUCAACAUCAGUUCCAACACAAACAAAUGUUACAAGUUUACCAACAUCACCAAAUCUUUCCUCAUCAUCAGGUUCUUCAGGAUCAGCUUCACCAAAUUUGUCAACAAUCUCAAGUUUAAGUAACUCUAGUUUAAAUGAUCCAAAUGGUAAAAAUAGUAUUACAUCACAAAGUACUAUAUCUUACUCACCAACCAAUAGUAGUCAUCAUCAUCAAAACAUAUCACACAAAUCAAUUAAACAAGAAGUUGAACAUAUUUGUAACCUUUAUGAUCAAGGUAAUGAUGUAUCACUUAAAAACUAUAGUAUUCAUGUUAUAACCGAAGUUUUCCUCGAGUUUUUUAAUCGUUUACCAGAGCCAAUUAUUAGCGUUGAGUUUUAUGAAACUUUAUUAAAUUAUUAUCAAACAGAAACAUUGUUACAUUUAAUGAUAAGAAAAAUGAACAAUCCAAAUAAAUCAAUAUUAUGUAGAUUAAUGAAAUAUUUAAAAGAUGUUAUGGUAUAUACCAAUUUUAAUGAUGCCACAUUAGAGUUGUUAGUAGAAAGAUUUCAUAAAUAUAUAUUAAGACCAAGUAUUGGUGCAGCUCAAUCAUGUACAAUUAGCGAAUCACAUACCAAGACCAUUAAAGAUAUCGUUUCAAUGUUUAUUUUACAAGCAGAUGUUUUAUUCCAACCACCAGAAGAGCGUAUGAAUUCAGAUGAUUCACAAAUUCUUUAUAUCGAGGAGGUUUUAUCAAGCCAAAAGAGUAGCAACAAUACUUCAUUAAAUGGAAACUUAUGGUUAUUCCAUAAACAAAUUGUUUGGAGACCAAAGGUUAAUACUGAGGGUGAGCCAGAUUUACAAAUUCUAUUUAGCAGUAUUUUAAAAAUUGUAUUAGCUCCAGCCCCAACAAGAAAAGAACAACAAAAAACUUUACCAAAUUUUACAAUUUAUUGUUCAAGCGAAACCAAAACUGUAAUAACAUUCUAUUUCCAAAAUCCUUCAACUUGUAAAUUAGUUUUUGCUUUUAUUCAUUCUGUAAUUAAAUCAAUUUCGCAAUUAAAUAGAAUUAUUCCUCAAAAACUAGAUAUGUUUUCAUUAGAGUUAGAAAAUUUACCAAACGAAAUUAAACAAUUAAAAGAAUUACAAGAAUUAAAUUUAAAUAGAAAUAAGUUUAAAUUAAUGCCGGGUGAUUUAGCAAGAUUAACAUCAUUGAGAACCAUUUGUAUCGAAGAAAAUAAUUUAACAGAGAUUUCAUCAGAAAUGGCAGAUUUCCUUGGUACUAGAUUAGGAAACUUAGAAAAUGUUAGUUUAAGUAGUAAUCGUUUAGUAGUAUUACCACCACUUUAUACAUGGUUAAAGUUAAAGACAUUGAAUAUUUCAAAUAAUUAUUUGACUAAAUUGCCAGUAGAUAUUUUCCAAAUUCCAACAUUAGAGGUAUUACGUGUCAGUAAUAAUCAAAUCGAUGAUAAUGGUAUUCCAAAGAUAUGUACAUCAACUCGUUUAAGAUCAUUGGACUUAAGAAAGAAUCAUCUCACCACCAUUCCAGAAGGUAUUUUCAAUUUAAUUGAAUUACAAGUUCUCACUUUACAAGAUAAUCAAAUUCAACAAUUAACCUCUGAUAUCCAAAAAUUAACUUCACUUACCGAAUUAAAUUUAAAUGGUAAUCAAAUUUCAUCAUUACCACCACAACUACUUUUAUUAACAAACUUGAAGAAACUUUACUUGGAUAAUAAUCAGCUUCAAUCCAUCAGUUCUGCUAUUCAUAGAAUGCAAUCUCUAAUCGAAUUAAGAUUAACAAAUAAUAAUAUAUCACGUUUACCACCAGGAAUUGUUGCUCUCAAGAAGCUAAACUCUUUAGAGUUAACUGGUAAUAAACCAUUAAAAGAUAAUAUCCCAGAAAAGUAUAUCCUCAAGGGCAAAGAAGGUAUAUUUUCAUAUUUUUCAGAGACUAUGAGAACUAAUGUACCUUGCUAUAGAACAAGAAUUAUAAUGCUCGGUGAUAAGGGAUCAGGUAAAUCAAAUCUUGUAAAAUGUUUAAAGAAAGUCCCAACCAAACCAAAUACAUCAUUAUCUCAUAAUGCAUCAGGUACAAAUGUUUUAGAUAUUCAAGAUUGGUCUUGUCAAAUUAGUGUUGAUGGUCCAGAUGGGAAGAAAAAGAAAACCAUUACCAUUCAUCUUUGGGAAUUUGAAGGUAUUCAAAAUGAUAUUAGCCAUGUCUUCUUUGUUUCAAAUAUAGUUUACAGUAUUUGUUUUGAUUUGUCUAAAUUUGGCACCAAGCAAAAUGACCAUAAAAUUACAAGUUAUCUCUAUGGUAUCUAUCAACACGAUCGUAAAGCUACCAUUUUAAUGAUCGGUACCCAUUUAGAUGAAGUUGGUUCAAAAAAACACGUAGAUAAAACAUUCGAACUAUUAAUGGCAAAAUAUAAAACCUUAUUCCCAUCUUUAAAUUUAAUCUUCCAUGCUGUAAAUACAAUGAAGCAUGAUAGUGAUGGUAUUAGAAAACUUAGAAGAGAAAUUAAAGCAAUGAUUUCAAAGAACCCAAUUCUCAAACAAACCUAUCCAGCCUCUUUUAUGUAUUUAGAAGAUUAUCUUAAAGAAGAAUCAAACUUAAUGUCACCACCAUUAGUUACCAAGAAAACCCUUCAACAAAUGGCACGUACAAUGGAGCUUCAUAACGAACCACAUUUCACCCAAUUGAAAUCAUUAUUUAAUUCAUUGGGCUCAAUAGCAUCUUUUGAACAAUUUAUUCGUAUGGAACCAGGUUCAACACCAACCAAAACUGAAAUGAUUGCUCUUAAUCCAAUAUGGAUUGCCAAAGCCAUCGCAUCAUUAGUCUGCUUUAAUCCCCAAAACUUACCAUUUAAUGUUAGUGUAGGUUCAGAAGAAGCUAUCGAUGCCCAAUCAUCAACUACAAUAGCAGGUAUUUUACCUCAUAGGGUAUUAAGAUAUGUUUGGGGUACCAACUCGCAAUAUUAUGUACCAGAAAGAUUCUUUUCACUAUUCCUUUCAUUAUUAGAGUCAAAUGAUUUAGCAAUCAACAUUUAUUCAAUCGAGCAAAACAAUCACCAUGGAAGUUUUGGUGACCGUAGAAACUCAAGAUUAGAAAGUUUUUCAGCAAUCGGAAAUGAUUCACUUUCACCACAAAUGCUUGGUGUUAAUACAAAUCUAAAUAAUCGUCGUUACUCGAUAAGUUUAAACAACUUAACUAGUUUUUCAACAAACCAGAAAGUUAGAUAUGGCCGUUCAAGCUCAUUUAAUGCUAGAUCAGGUUGGGCAUUAGUAUCAUCACUAUUAUCACCCUACAAUAAUGGUAACCCUAUUGUUACAUCUGGUCAAAGCUCAAUCAAAUCAAACUCCUCAGUUCAAUCGGUCCAAUUAUCGUUGUCACCUAUCAUUGAUUUACCAGGUGUUUGGGAAGCUUUUCCAGAGGCUCCAGAGAUUCAACAAUUUACUAGAAAAUUUGUAUUGGAUGUCAUACCAGUAGGCUUAUUUGGAAGAUUAUUAAGUAGAUUAAUGCAACAUGCACAUUUACAAAAAUGUUGGAAAGAUUUGGCCAUUCUAGUACCAGAGAUUGAUGGUAAUGCUGCAUCUGCUUCAAAUAUUAUCCAAUCAUUAACACCAGUUCAGAAACAAUUUAAGCAAGAACGUAUUUUAGUAAAUGUUGACCAUGACUGUAACUCUAUUGAAAUCUCAUUAAGAUUUAUCAAAUGCUCUUCACUUUUAUCAGAAAUAUACAAUAUUUUCGAUUCAUUGGUUACUAAGUGGUAUAAAGUUGGCUAUAAGACCUUUAUCACCUGCAGUCAUUGCAUUGAAAAGAAAAAUGUUUCACCAUAUCUAUUUAAAUUAGAAGAGUGCGAAGCAAUGCUAUUUAAAGGUGAAACUGAACUUUAUUGUCAACAUAAAUCUGGUGUUAAUGAAGCCACCUCAUCCCCAAUUUCUUCAUCAAGAUCAAACUCUAAACUUUCAAGAAAAGAUUCAAAAUCAAACUUUGUUAUUAAUGAAAAUGGUAGCAGCUCACCAACACUAUCCAAAAAAGAUCAUCACAAAGAAAAAGAUCACCAUCAUAAGGAUUCCAAGGAAAAAGAUACAAAACACCAUCACAGCCAUCACCAUAAAAAAGAUAAAGAAUUACAAAAAGAUUUAUCAACUCCAGUAUUAAUUCGUAAUUUACUAUUAGAUCAUCACACCGUUUGUAAUUUUAUUAAAGAAAUUGACUUUAAGGAAAUCGAAGUAUUACCAGAUCACUCAAGUCAAAGCGAAAAUGGAUCUACAUCACAAUCUAUGGGUAUGUACGGUAGUCAAUUUGUAAAUGUUAAAGUUUUUAAUCAACCAUUACCUGGAUGUGAUUUCUAUAGCAACUGUGCUAAAGUUUUAUCAAAUUUCAGACAUGAAGCACUUUCAUUAUACAAUUUCCGUCAUACAAACGUUUUAUCAAUUAUUGGUGUAUCAUUCAAUCCUGUCGCAAUUAUCACUGAAAACCCCACAUUUGGUAACAAAGGUAGCACAACAUUAACUGAAUAUAUUCAAGAUCGUCAAAAACACCCAGAGAUCCCAUGGAAUAUAAAAUUAAAGAUUGCUUUAGAUAUUGCCCGUGCUCUUGAAAAACUUAACUCCCAUUCACCACCAUUCCUAUUAACAAACUUUACAAGCAAUAGUAUAAUUUUAGAGAAAUCAAACAAUAGUUCCUCUUCGUCAUCAAGUGAUGAUUGUGGUGUUAUAGCAAAAAUAACCGACUUUUCAAGCUCAUCAUUUUUACCAUCUCUUUUCCCAACUAGCAAUACAGCCAAACCUCACCAUGCUCCAGAAGUUCUCCAAAAACUAAACUAUCAUGAAUAUACCGAUGUUUAUUCAUUUGGUAUUAUAUUGUUUGAACUUUUAACCCGUUCUAUUGCCUUCCAAGACCAUGAACGUUUUGGUAAUAUGGUAGUUAAUGGCCAACGUCCCUCAAUCCCACCAGAUUGCUUACCAUCAUUUGCCGAUCUCAUCAAAGACUGUUGGUCUGGUGAACCAUUAAACAGACCCUCACCAAGCAAAAUUAUUCAACAACUUUUACAAAUUAAAAAAGAAAUCGAAUCAAAAGAACACAACUAUAAGAGCUUGGCAUCAGAUAACAAUAUUUACUCUGAUCAACCAUUACCAAGUGGUGGUUCAAUCAUUUACCAAGAUAAAAUUAUUCAUUUUGGUGGCUGGAAUGGAUCUUCAAAACCACACUCAAACGUCUAUUCUUUAAAUCUCUCAAGCAUGCUUUUUGAAGAUAAACUAAUGGUUGUUAUUAAUGAUAAAGGCUCACCUACCUAUAAGGCAUUCUAUCAACACAUGCAAUCAGAAUUUUGCGAAGAAAACUUAAUUUUUUAUGAAGCCAUUAAGACCUUCAAGAACCUACCAAACCAAACACCAGAUGACCGUGAAAUCAUUAAGAUUCAAUCCAAGAAGAUCUUUCAAGUAUUCAUUGGUGAAACUGCACAAAAAGAAAUUAACCUACCAUUCCUUUUAAAGAAAGAGUUGAAAAAGAAAAUUGAAGCUCCAGAAGGUCCAUCUGUUACAGUAUUUAACGAUACUUUGUCAUUUGUUAUUUCCUCAAUCGAAGAUAGCUUCCAUAGAUUUAAAUUCUCUACUCCCUCAAAUAGUAAAAAUGGUUGGGUAUUAAUUGAUUGUAAAGGUCAAGCACCUCCACCAAUGGUUGGUCACUCCUCAAUUCUUUGGAACAAUAAUUUAGUUAUUAUAGGCGGAUGGUUUAAUAGAGCAAGAGUACUAAACCAAUGCUUCAUGUUAAAUUUAGAUAGCUUUGAAUGGCAAAACUUCUCAACGUCCGGUGAUGUUCCUCCAUCAUCUACUGCUGCUUUAAAUAUUACUUUACAUGGCGAUUAUCUUUUAGCAUAUUACGAAAGCAGAGGAGAGUCCAAAACCUCAAUUUAUAGACUUAAUCUUGAAAGUAUGGUUUGGUUUUCCUUAAACUUAAAACCAAACUAAACUAAUAAAUAAUAAAUAAUAAUAAUAACAAAUAAUAAAAAUAAUAAUAAACCUGUAUUAAAAUGUAAAUAUUUAGUAAAUAAAAAUAAAAUUUAGAUAUAAUCCUAACGAAUAAAAUAAAA